GUAUGCGUUUGUAAACGUGAUUAAUUAACUACCUUGUGCGCUUGAUCGUUGAGUCGUAUCAUAUCACAUUUCAUUUCCCAAAUGGUCUGUUGUUUACAUUUUCUGAUGGUUAAUAUUCAUAUUCGUUCAGUAUUACCUGAAUAAUUUCAAUACGGAGAUAUCCUUUGAAGACUGGCAACUUAACCUUUAACAAAGCUAUGUCAAAUAAAAGUAAAUUUCAUCAUGAUGAGGCCUAUAAACCAUUACAUGUAGAUGAGACUGUAUAUUUGGAAGAUGACGAAUCAGCACCAGAGGAAAAGGAAAAAGCACAUUUGCUAACAGGAUUCCAAAGUGCAGUUUUGAUUUUCAAAUUCUGUGUUGGUUCUGGUUGGUUUUCCCUCUCUGCUGGUUUUCAAUAUUCGGGUGUAUUGGUUGGUGUUAUAGUGGUAGUCACUUGUGGAUUAUUUACAACUAUUGGAAUGCAAAGACUCGUAAAAACAUCUUGGGAAGUUGCCAGAAGGAAUGGAACUCAGAAAGCUUAUUUUGGCGAUAUUGGUGCAGCUUGCGGUAAAUUAAUUGGCGAGCGAUUUGAAUUUAUUGGAAGACUUCUUGUUGAACUAAUCCUUUCAAUCUCAGUAUUUUGUCUCUCUUGUCCUGUGAUAUUGUUUAUUGCCAACAUAAUGAAACAGGGAUUUGACGAGCAAAAUAUUGUGCAUUUGGAUUUAUCUGUUUGGAUACUCUUCGUAUUCAUUCUUUGUUUACCAACAGUUUUCAUUCGAAGAGCUGAUUUUCUGGCUUUGGCUUCUUUUGUGGCCAACUUGCUUUUAUUUAAUGCUUGCAUUGCUGUUUUUGUUAACAUUUCAACGCAGUCAAAGGAAUGGAAAUUUAACAACUCAGUGAAGUGGUCAAAACUUCCUUUAACUUUUGGGAUAGUGUUGUUUGCCUUCGAAAUAGCACCGUUUAUUCUUUUGGUAGAAAAUAAGUCAGGAAAACCUAAGCAGUUACCAAUCGUCAUAAAUGUUGUUAUGGUUGCUGUCUCCUGUUGUUAUGUUGUCGCUGGGGCACUUGGAUAUAUGUCUUGUUCUCCAAAUUGUGAAGAUAGUUUUAUUCUAAAUCUACCGAAAUCAUGGUACUAUUCCAUCUCAAAAGUUAUGUUGGGCUUAUCGUCAUGUUGUGGCUUAGUCCUACUUAUUUACAUUAUUUUUGACAUCAUUGACCCUAUUUUAAAACGGGAAAUACGCGAGGAUCGUUUCAAUGUCGUCAGCGUUUUCUCAAGAUCUUUCAUAUUAAUUUUAACAGCUGCUAUCUCAGCGAGUUUUCCGCAACUGGCUAACGAAAUGUCAUUCGCUGGAUCAUUUGUAACUGCAAUCGUUGGUUUUCUAUUUCCUGGCAUAUCACAUACUUUACUUUUAUACCAUGACUUAUCGCGUUUUGCUAUUUUAUCAAAUAUUUUAUUUAUACUACUUGGAUUUUUGCUUCUUUUUGUUGGUGUAUAUUCUUUUCUUUGGAUGAUAUAGCACGAUUUUUAAGUAUUGUAAAUAAAAUUUGAGCUUAGUAAAAUUUAUCUCACUCUUAUUCGUUUUAAUAAGUUACAAUAAUAAAUGUAUGAAUGUAUUAACGUGCCUUUGUAAAUCAAAAAUGUGUUUUUGUAAAUGAAAGUUUGUGUCCUUCAGAAAGAAGAAUUAAUAUAUAUUCUCUUAUCA